AUGUCCGACCAAAAGGAUCCCGUGCUCGAGAAGAUCGAGAAUACCAAAGCUGUCUACAGACGUUUGGGUAAGAGCGGACUACGAGUUUCUGUGCCCAUUUUGGGUGCUAUGUCAUUCGGCGACCCAGCAUGGCAACCCUGGAUCCUGGACGAAGAAGCAUCACUACCUCUUCUCAAGGCUGCCCACGACAGAGGCAUAAACUCUUGGGACACGGCAAACAUCUAUAGCAAUGGCGUGAGCGAAACAAUCAUUGGCAAAGCCAUCAAGAAGUACCAGAUUCCCAGAGAGAAGAUCGUCAUAUUGAGCAAGUGUUUUGCCUAUAUCGGAGAGGAACCUGGCAUCAAGACCAUGACCUACGGCCAGAAGAUCGCCGAGUCGCCAGACUACGUCAACCAAGGAGGACUUUCGCGAACUGCCAUAUUCAAUGCAGUCAAUAAAUCACUUCAGCGUCUGGAUCUUGAAUAUCUCGAUCUACUUCAGAUCCAUCGCUUUGAUCCCAACACUCCAAUCGAAGAGACUAUGGAGGCUUUGCACGACCUUGUUCGUUCUGGCAAGGUUCGUUACAUUGGCGCAAGCUCCAUGUGGACAUACCAGUUCUGCAUGAUGCAAGCCUGUGCCGAUAAGAAUGGCUGGACCAAGUUUGUCAGCAUGCAAAAUCAGUACAGUCUUCUGUAUCGCGAGGAAGAACGCGAAAUGAACAAGUACUGUGAUGCAACUGGCGUUGGACUCAUUCCUGCUGAAGGUCUGGCUGGAACCUCGGAAGUCGAUGUCAAGACCAUUGGGCGAGUACAAGAGCUUGCCGAGAAGAAGGGCUGGAAAAUGGCACACGUCGCCCUUGCUUGGAUCAACAAGCGUGUCUCCAGUCCCAUCAUUGGUUUCUCAAGCGUCGAACGCAUGGAUGAGGCUCUCGGCGCGAAUGACAAGACAUUGACUGAAGACGAAGAGAAAUACCUUGAGGAGCUUUAUCAGCCAAGAAACAUUGUCGGUCACUCGUAA